GACUGGAGCGGCCAGGUUCAGAAUGGGGUGCCCCGCAAUCCCGCACUGCAAACCUCUGGCUCCCGCUCCGUACCCUUAGGCACCCGUGCACUUGUGCAAGACUUUCCCGCCAGAGCCCUCUAGAACGCAACUUCAACAUUGGAAUGAAUGGAAACCUCCAAGAAACGUUCAAUUGAGCGCGCUCAUUGAGAAACACAACCCUCCCCCUCCCCCGCCAGAAUGGCUUAUUCUGAGGAGCAAGGAGGUGUCCCCUGUGGUUUCAUCCGUCAGAAUUCCAGCAACUCCGUUUCCUUGGACUUUGAGCCCAACACAGAGUAUCGGUUCGUAGAGCAGUUAGAAGAGCGCUACAAAUGUGCCUUCUGCCACUCUGUGCUUCACAACCCCCACCAGACGGGCUGUGGGCACCGCUUCUGCCAGCACUGCAUCCUGUCCCUGAGAGAAUUAAAUGCAGUCCCACUCUGCCCUGUAGAUAAGGAGGUUAUCAAAUCUCAGGAGGUGUUUAAAGACAAUUGCUGCAAAAGGGAAGUCCUCAAUUUGUAUGUAUAUUGCAAAAAUGCUCCUGGAUGUAAUGCCAAGAUUAUUCUGGGACGAUACCAGGACCACCUUCAGCAGUGCCUAUUUCAAGCUGUGCAGUGUUCUAACGAGCACUGUCAGGAAUCAGUCCUUCGGAAAAAUCUGAAAGAGCAUUUGAGUGCAUACUGCCAGUUUCGAGAGGAAAAAUGCCUUUAUUGCAAAAAGGACGUGGUAGUAAUCAAUCUACAGAAUCACGAGGAAAACAUGUGUCCCGAGUACCCAGUAUCUUGUCCCAACAAGUGUUUGCAGAUUAUUCCAAGAACUGAGGUGGAUGAGCACCUUGCUGUGUGUCCUGAAGCUGAACAAGACUGCCCUUUUAAGCAGUAUGGCUGUCCUGUCAAGGAUAAGCGGGGGAACCUUCAGGAGCAUGAGCAUUCAGCCUUACGGGACCACAUGCUCCUGGUUUUAGAAAAGAAUCUCCAAUUAGAAAAACAGAUUUCUGACUUACAUAGGAGCCUAGAACGGAAAGAAAGUAAAAUUCAGCAGCUAACGGAAACGGUAAAUAAAUUCGAAAAGGAGUUCAAGCAGUUUGCACAGCUGUUUGGCAAAAAUGGAAGCUUCCUCUCAAACAUCCAGCUUCUUGCGAGUCACCUUGACAAGUCCGCUUGGCUAGAAGCUCAAGUGCGCCAGUUACUACAAAUGGCUAACCAGCAAGAAACUAAAUUUGACCUGAGGGCUUUGAUGGAAGCAAUUGACACAGUGAAACAGAAAAUUACCCUGCUAGAAACCCAUGAUCAAAGAAUAGUUGUUUUGGAAGGAGAGACUAACAAACAUGAUGUCCACAUUAAUAUUCAUAAAGCACAGCUGAAUAAAAAUGAAGAACGAUUUAAACUGCUAGAAGGUGCCUGCUAUAAUGGAAAGCUCAUCUGGAAGGUGACAGACUACAAGAUGAAAAAGAGGGAGGCGCUGGAAGGGCACACGGUAUCCAUCUUCAGCCAGCCUUUCUACACCAGCCGGUGUGGCUACCGGCUCUGUGCUAGAGCAUACCUGAAUGGGGACGGGUCUGGGAAGGGGACGCACCUGUCGCUGUACUUUGUGGUGAUGCGAGGGGAGUUUGACUCACUGUUGCAGUGGCCAUUCAGGCAGAGGGUGACCCUGAUGCUUUUGGACCAGAGUGGCAAAAAGAACCAUAUUAUGGAGACCUUCAAGGCUGACCCCAAUAGCAGCAGCUUUAAAAGACCUGAUGGGGAGAUGAACAUUGCCUCUGGCUGUCCCCGCUUUGUGGCUCAUUCCACUUUGGAGAAUGCCAAGAAUACCUACAUUAAAGAUGACACCAUCUUCCUGAAAGUGGCUGUGGAUUUAACUGACCUGGAGGAUCUCUAGCCACUGUUUCUAGGGUGACAAAAGGACUUCUUGGGUCCAGAACCAUGGAGGAGACACCUUUUAUUAUCAUAUUGACUGAAUUUAGACUCAGUGCACAUUUGUAUUUGGCUUUUUGCCCUCAAUAUUUGAAGUCAGUUAAAACUUCCCAAGUGCCGUCUUGUUUUUACAUUUUACUCUGUCCCAGUUUGAAACUUAAAACAUUUAGAAUAUCCUCGUGUUAUUUAUAUUUUUAUAUCUCUUAAAAGAUGUUAAAUUUCUUGAAAGCAAAGUCUGGGGUGUCUCUCUUUUUUACUGGUGCUUAGCAUGGGGUCUCCAGGUAGGCAUUCUCUAAUGUUAAAUGUUAUUAAGGACACAGAGAUAGAAUUCCCAAUGAAAAUGCUUUGGUAUUUUAUUAUUUGGUCUGCUGAUUCUAGACCUUACCAUAAGCCUGCAAACGCCACUAUUUAGGGUAGGCUGUUCCAGUUAAGUAGAUGGGUAGUAUACUUAAAAAGAUUAAUAUGCUCAGUUUGGAUCAGACUUGUUUUGGUCAAGUACUAAAUUUUGUGGAAAUUAUUAUAUCUCUAAAUAGUUUCAUGAAAUUUACCCAGUAGUCAGCAAGCACAGUUUUGCAAGGCUGCAUAGGAACUGGUGAAUGGAGUAGGCAUUUUCAUUCUCCCUGCUGCAGUAAAGCAGAAACUACUGCAUAGGAUGUAGAUAAGGAGAUAUAGCCAGCCAACUAAAGUUCAGAUUUUACUAUGUGAAAAAACUGUUUUCAUAGGUCAAAAAUGGUCAAAUAUUAGCAGUUUCAUAAGGUUCAAUUUAAUAAAUAUAGUCAUGCACUGCAUAAUGACAUUUCAGUCAUCAACAGGCCACAUACACCAUGGUGAUCCCAUAAGAUUGGUAUCAUAUAGCCUAGGUGUGUAGUAGGCUACACCAUCUCGGUUUGUGUGAGUACACUCUAUGAUGUUCACAUAGGAACGAGAUUGCCUAGUGACACACUUGUCAGAAUGUGUCCCUGUCAUUAAGCAACACAUAAGUGUGUAUAUAUAUGUAUAUGUAUACAGAUAGUUUAAAGGUAUUUUGGUAGUAAUAGUAAAUUAAUGUGAGGAUGGGCAAGAUUUAGUAUAUGAAGGAGAAACUGUUAUAAAUGGAUAAGAAGAAUUUAAAACCUAGGGAGAAUUAUUACAAUUUCCUAUGAGUGUCAGAAAUACUCCCAUCCAAAACUGAUUGCCAAAAACAGUAUCUCCUAUUCUUUUUGAGAGAACUUUUGAAUUCAUAAAUUGCUAAGAAAUGGGCAUUUAUAUAAACAUGUGACUUUUCUUGUCGAAGUCCUGAGUACUUUGUGAAGAAGAGAAAUCAUUAUGUUCUUGUGCCUCUAUCUGUAAGGGUCUUAGGGUGUAUAUAUAAGUUGAGAUGAGCCCUUCUGACUCUUGAUAAGCCUGAGCUUAACAAAAAAAUAUCCAGUCUUCCUGAGCCUAAUUUGUUGUUAUGCAACUGAGCAUUACUCCACUCAGACUGGCUCCCUUGAGUGUGCAAGGACAAGUGCCAUGGGCUGAGGGCCACUUACUGCAGCUCACUUGGGUGAUCACCAUGCAUGCACCUGACAACUUUUGAACAGUUAACCUGAUAGAAGCAGCAUGAUUUGUACCAGUGGUUUCUGGAAUAAUUGGAACUUUCUUAAUCUCUUCUGUGAACUUUUCAAGAUGCUAAAGACUCAUAUUGCAGAAACCAUCCCAAAGGGUUAAAUUCAGAGAAAGAAGUUCACAAUAGAAGUAUACUAAAGAACGACACUGUAGCUGCUGGUGAACUGGUACAGUUGAUGGGUAACACA